CCCCUGGUGACGACACAGCAGUGGUUAUAUAGGGAGGAGCAUCACAGGCUGCCCUGCAGUAGUAGAGUAGUGCAGGGUGAGGAGCGUCCUUUUCUUGGAUAAAGGCUUCGGUGCACGGUACCUGGGAUCCGCUGUCUAGGGGAUAAGGAUCUAUUUGUCUUACUAGUAGCUCAACGCGCACGAGAGGAUCUGAUCUGCGGGGCUGCUGCAAGUUCACUGGAUCUUGUUUAACCUGCGGACAACUCACAGACACAAGAGGCGCGCACUAAGGGACAGGCAUGGUGAAUAAUCGGACUAACGAAUCCACAACCACGGCUGUGAGUAGCAAUGGUUCGCCUCCCAAAGCCUGCGCCGGAUGUGGUGGAAAGAUUGCAGAUCGGUUCCUUCUGUACUCCAUGGAGAGGUACUGGCACACGCGAUGCCUCAAGUGUUCUUGCUGCCAGGCUCAGCUGGGCGAGAUAGGCACUUCCUGUUACACAAAGAGCGGCAUGAUCCUGUGCCGGAACGACUAUAUUCGGUUAUUUGGCAGCAGCGGGGCGUGCAGUGCGUGCGGACAGUCCAUACCAGCCAGUGAAAUGGUCAUGAGAGCACAAGGAAGUGUGUACCACCUGAAGUGUUUCACAUGCGCCACAUGCAGGAACAGACUCGUACCAGGAGACCGGUUCCACUAUGUCAACGGUACAAUCUUCUGCGAACAUGACCGGCCCACAGGACUUCUGAACGGACACUUAAAUCCACAUCAGAAUAACCCCCUUCAAAGCAGUCCCAUGCUCCCAGAUCAGAAAGUAUGCUAAGGUUGUGAGACUGUCGGUUCCUGUGCCUUUUGUUAAUAUUCCCUUGGAGUCAGAAUAUUGGCAUAUAUAUUCACCUAAAUAAAUAUAUAUUCCCUUCAAUUUUUUUUUUUUUUUGCUUGCUAACGUGGUGCCUGCACACAUUUUCGCUUUUUGUUCACCACCAAAUUCUGUUUGGCUUCUGAGGUUUUUUUUGAACUUGUAAAUAAAAUGUAAAAAAAAAAAUCAAUUAUUUUGGAAACAGCCACAUUAGACUUUCGCGGAGGAACUGGGACUGGAAGACACAGAUAUAUACUUUAUUUACUGAGAAGAUUCUCCUUAUUAUCCAGCACAUCACAACAUUGAGGGUUUUUUUUUUUCUCUCUCCUGGAUUUUCUUCAUAAAAAAAUUGAUUUUUCCAAGAAUUUUAAAAGCAGUGACUUUUUUUGUGUGGAUGCACUCAGCCUCAACGGCAGGGAAGUAGUUAACUGGUGCAAGUGACUUCAAAUGUGUCAUUUUCAAACAUUUGGUUAAAAGGCUGAAUGUUUCUAGCAACAAAAAGCUGUUCUACAAAAUGAGGGUAAUUUCUAAAAUAAAAUUUCCUUGGGAUUUAAAGGGGCACAAAACCCCUAAUAUUUUUUCAUGUUUCAGAUAGAGCAUAGAAUUGGAAACCGCUUUACAAUUUAGUUUUAUUCUCAAAUUUGCUUUAUUCUCUUAGUAUUUGUUAAAGGAGCAGCAAUGGGAGCUAGCUAAUCACAUAGGGUGAGCCAAUGACAAGAGGCAUAUAUGUGCAGCUGCCAACAGCUAGCUCAAUAGUGUGUUGCUGCUUCUGAGCCUACCUAAGUAUGCUUUUCAACAAAGGAUACCAAGAGAACAAAACAAAUUAGAUACAAGUAAAUUGGAAAGUUUGUUUAAAAUUGCACAAGCUGAGUUAUGAAGGAGAAAAUAUUAGGAUUUCAUAUCCCUUAAAGGACUGGAACAUACCAUUACCUACACUUUGUAUGAACAUGUACAGCACGUGUAUAUAUUAUGCCAGAAUAGAUGUCUAUGAAUCUUUCUAUAUACCACGUCCCUAAAUCUGUAAAAGCAUUUCUUAUUGGGGUCUUCAUUUUGCAGUAGCGUAAAACAUCUGUAUAUGAUUAUUCUAUGUAUUUUAGGGACAGUCAUUUUAAAAUGAAACAUUUAUGUUUAAGAUAGAACAUAAUUUAAUACAACUCUCCAUUUACUUUGUUUUGAUAUCUUUUGUUGAAGAGUAAACUUAGGACCUCAGGAGCAUGCACGUGUCUUAGCGCUCUAAGGCAGCAGUUUGCAGUAAUGAUUGCAACACAUGCACACUCCACAAAUCCUAUAAGGCCACCUAGGUUAUUUUUUCAAUAAAGGAUACUAAGAGAAUUAAGCUAAUUAAAAGUAAUUUGGAAAGUAUUUUAAAAUUGCACGCUCUCUGAAUUAUAAGUUACAUAUUUUUUUUACUGCCCCUUUAAAAAAAAAUGGUAGCAAAAUGACUAAAAAAAAUGCAUUUCAGGUUAGUGAUUCUCAGCCAAUGCCAGCGGAUAUUAAUGAAUGGUUUAAGCAGAGCUCUGAAUACAAGAGCAGAACACAACAGGUGGGACAAAGCUGUUAGCACCAUGUAAGCUUUGCUAUGUGGUCGGCCAUUGCCAAAUCUAUCCCGAGGAAUGACGUAGAUCAAAGGUUAAUUGCAUUUAAAUUCUGAGAAACGCUCAGCGCGGCACUGGUCUGUUGCAAAGCAAUAAAUGUCUCUGAAUACCGACUAUAUCUUCACUCUUAAGGUGAACGGCCUGCUCUUGCCCUAACCAGACCCCUUAUGUUGCAGUAUUAAUAAACAGUUACAUACAGAAAUGCACCAUUAAAGGGUGUGUACUGUGAAACUGGUUUCCCCUUAAUGUGUUCCAAAUGACUUUUUAUGCCAGCUGCAGAGUAUAAAAUGUAUAAGAAAUUGAUCCUUUAUCUUUUUUUAAAUGAAAUAGCAGUAUUUGCUCUUAGAAACCACAACCCAUCAAAUAGGGCUAAGCUUGGAGAGAGAUCAGACAUCAUUAUCUUAUCACUCAAAUUCUUCCCUUAUCUCUGUCUAUACAAUAGACAAUUAACAUUUUACAACUUUCUCUCACAUUCCACACUGGGAGUGUAACUUCUUCUGUUUACAUAGUUUGUUAAUAGCCUAUACAUGAAUAAAGAGACAUUCAGUAUAUGUACGGAUCCACAGGCAAAACCAGUUAUUUCAAAUGCUAAAAUAAAGGUACAUUUAUAAAAUAUUUAAUACACUCCAACAGGUAAAAUUGGAUCACUGGGAACAAAUAAAUGGGGAGAAAAAUUUAGGGUAAAAUGUCCCUUUAAACAUAUUGAUUUUUAUUUUAUUUUUAAAAAUCAUGUUUGCACAAUAAUGAAGUUAAAUUGUUUGUUGUAUCCAGUCACUUGAUUUGUUUGAACUCCUCAGCUAAGAAGUUAAAGUGCCACGCCAUGUGAGAAAUAUUUAAUUGGCAAUCGGUGUGAUUAACACCUGUUAGGUAUUAAAUCCAUACAUAAAGCUCAGGUUAUGCAUAAACAGAUUUGAUAUGACUAGGCCUAUUACUGUAUUACCCCUACUCCAUUUGAGUUAUUUGUUCUUUAUAUUUAGAAUAGUCCUGUAAUCUACUUUUAAGAGCACACUAUUGCAAUGUCCUUGGCACACAGAUGUAUUUUAGAUGUUUUCACGUAAUUGGUAAUUGCACUAUAAAUGUGUUGUAAAUUUUCCCAAGCUAAGUAUGGAACAGUUUUUUGGUUCAGUUAGGCUUUCUGCACGGUAAAGGGAAAAUUCUGUACUACAGCAGAGAUUGAGUAAUAGGGCACAGAAUUUAUUGAUUUGAUAACAGGGUUUUAGAAUGCUUGAUGCGGAUAGGACUAUACUAAAUAUAAACAUAGCAGACAACUGGCUAGGUAGCAGCAGCCCACAAAAUGCUCUACUAAAUGUUUAAUCAUGGGGAGCUACUGCACUAGGGACUAACUAAUGUAAUAAUUGUUGGGCCUGGAUAACUAUUUAAAAAGUGCCACCUGGCGGCCACAAACCUGCAGCCAGUGAGCCAAUCAAAGCGGCAGUCACAUGUAGUUGCUAAUGAUUGGGUGUUACCUACUCAGGCGCUACAGGUGGGACUUUAAAACCUUUAAUGUCAGUAAACAGUGUUUAUUGGAAGUCUGUAACAAAACAUAUGAGUUCUGCUUUAGAAUCUCCCUUUUACUUUCAGUACUAUUUUAAGGGACACUACUGUGAUUGGCUUUGGCUUACAAAAUGUAGUCACAUUGAUUUGUUAAAGAGCACUUCAUUUAUAGGUACAUGUGCAUAGAGCUGUUUAUGCCAUAAGAAAACCCCACUGUUUGAUGACCUUUUUCUAAAAAAAAACAAAAAACUGUUAAUAGAUGUUUAGUUUAAAGGGACGGUGUGCUGUGAAAUUGUGUUCUCAAUGAUUUAUUUUACCUAUUGUAGUUGAUUGUUUACUAAUAGUUAAUUUACCUUUUAUUUUGUGAUUAGGUGCUUUUGUCUGUUGAAACACCUAUACUGAAAAUGUCAAUACUGCAGUAAAGAAAAGCUAUGUAAUCAAGACACAUCAGAAGACAUCAAUCUAGUGGGGUUGGUGGAGAUAGAGAACCAAACCUUUUUAAAUGGUGUUCCUCCAGCUUUAUAUACAAUGAACUAUCCUAUUCUGCUUUCCUGAACACACUGCCCCUUUAACUUUUUUUAAAAACAUUUAACAGAUAUCCCUUAUGUAAUUAAACUAUUGUGCAUUGAAAAAAGGAAGAGUCUGAACAUGUUAAUGUAUUUUGUAUGGAAAAGGUUUAAGCUAAAUUAGUUUUUAAAAUGUAAGUGCUUCUGAUCCCAAAUUGGUCACUGGUUAGACACCUCCCAAAAUUCUAUUGGAGGAUAAGGUCUUACCCUGCAAACAUUUUGAAACAAAUGCAAAAAAUUGACCAAUGUACCUUUGAAAAAUGUGCCUAACCUGAUGUAAAACUGCGGUGACGAACCUUUAUUUUGUGCUCCUGUGUGAUGUUGAUUUUUAUUGCCAAACGGAUUUGUUAUGUUAACACCUUCCCUGCCAGACGACGGAUAUUUAAGAUCUCUGAGCUCAGCAAAUCACUCUGUAAUGGGCUUCUCAGUUUUCUGUACUUUUGUUGUAUAUCCAUUUUCUUCCUCCCAAACCUAUUGUAUAUGCAAAGAAAAGGCUUAAAAUGUAAAUAUUUUAAAAUACAAAGUAUUGUGCUUUUUAUUGUAGAAAAUACUAUUGUUUUUUUUUUUUUUUCCUGGUGUACAGCUUCCAGUCCUGGGGCAAAAUAACCAGUUUUGUAACAAAAAUGAGCUAUUAAAUUGCACUUUUCUCCCCUUUCCCCAUUUCGAUCUUAUAUUGAAUAAUAAAAUCCAGGUUUCCAUGACAA